AUGGAGAACAGGACAGAAGUGACAGAGUUCAUCCUGCUGGGACUGACCAGUGACCCAGGUCUGCAGCUUCCCCUCUUUCUGAUGUUCCUGCUCAUCUACACCAUCACUCUGGUUGGGAACCUGGGGAUGAUCCUGUUGAUCAUCUUGGACUCCCAUCUCCACACUGCCAUGUACUUCUUCCUUGGCAACCUGUCUCUGGUGGACUUUGGUUACUCUUCAGCUGUCACUCCCAUGGUCAUGGGAGGACUCCUUCUUGGAAAUGAGGUCAUCUCCUACAAUUCUUGUGAUGCUCAGAUGUUCUUUAUUACAGGUUUCGUUACUGCAGAAAAUUACCUCUUAACCUCAAUGGCCUAUGAUCGCUAUGCGGCAGUGUGCAAGCCCCUGCACUACACCACCACCAUGACAACAAACGUGUGUGCAUAUCUGGUCAUAACCUGCUAUGUCUGUGGUUUCCUGAAUGCCUCCAUCUACACUGGGAACAUAUUCAGUCUCUCCUUCUGUCUAUCCAAUGUGGUCCAUCAUUUUUUCUGUGAUAUUCCAGCAGUCAUGACUCUCUCUUGCUCUGAUAGACAUGUUAGUGAACUGGUUCUAAUUUAUGCAGCCACCUUCAAUAUCUUUUUUGCUCUCCUAGUAAUCUGGAUAUCUUAUGCAUUCAUUUUUAUCAGCAUCCUAAAGAUGCACUCUGGUGCAGGACAUCAGAAGGCUCUGUCCACCUGUGCCUCCCACUUCACUGCAGUCUCCAUUUUCUAUGGGACUCUAAUCUUCAUGUAUCUACAGCCCAGCUCCAGCCACUCCAUGGACACAGACAAAAUUGCCUCUGUGUUCUAUACUAUUGUGAUUCCCAUGUUGAACCCUGUGGUCUAUAGCCUGAGGAACAAGGAGGUCAAGAGUGCAUUCACAAAGAUCAUUUUGGAAGGAAAAUAA